AUGGAUAAUACGUUAGAUUCCAUUAGACCUUCUUAUAAUAUUAAUCCAGAAGAAAUGUCAUACUUAUUUGGAAGAGAUCCCAGUAUAUUAGCCUAUGGACAAAGACCUUGUGUCUCAAAAGAUGCCAAAAAGAAUUUAAUUUCUGUCUAUGAAGUUGAAGACUGUACUUCCAUUGAAGAGAGUGGUUCCUUAAAUUCAGAGUUACAAGAUUUGCAAACUGUUAAAGUAUACUUACGAAUGAAACCAUUUCCUAAGAAGUUAAAAUUAACACAAGAGCAACAAGAUGCUUAUCAAGUUAUCAAUUUAACUACUUUAUAUACAAAAUUGCCUGCUUUAGACAAUAAUACCAGUUGUCUCAAAAGGUCCAAUAGUACUGACAUUGUGUGCAGAAAAUUCACAUUUACAAAAACUUUUGGGCCAGAAACUACUCAGUUAGAUUUGUUUGAACAAGCUGUAAAACAACAAAUGAUAGACUUUUUAGGUGGACAAAAUUCUACUAUUAUGACUUAUGGCACCACAAAUUCAGGAAAAUCUUAUACAUUACAAGGAACUACCACAUCUCCUGGAAUUAUACCAAGAGGUUUAGAAUUUGUGUUUUCUAACAUUACACCAAAAUCUACUCCUUCAUAUAAACCUAUGAAUCAUUGUGAUGUUGUUACUUUGGAUCCUCUUGAACGAGCACAAGAAUUGGAAAUAAAGACCAAGUUGUUGACAUUUGCUUCUGUAGAUAAAUCUCAAUACAUAAAUGCUUAUAAAGAAAUGCAAAAAUUAUUACAAGAAGAAUCACCUAUUAGACCUAGUCAAUGUAUUGGUGCACAUUAUUCUGUUUGGGUUUCUUUUGCUGAAAUUUAUAAUGAAAUUGUAUAUGAUCUCUUAUCAAAUGAGUGUCAAAAGAAAAGAACAGCCCUUAAAUUAGCAACAGAUAAUCAAGGUAGAGCAUUUAUUAAAGGUUUAAAAACUGUUUGUGUGAAUUCUGGUUCUGAAGCUUAUCAAGUUUUAAUGGCCGGGCAGUAUAAUCUGAAAGUAGCUGCAACUGCUUUAAAUGCAAGAAGUUCAAGAUCACAUUGUAUAUUUACUAUCAAAUUGUUGAAGUAUUAUAUUGAGAAUGAUCCCAAUUCUGUUGAAGUUAGCACAUUUGCAUUUUGUGAUUUGGCUGGUUCAGAAAGAUUGAAAAAGACAUUGAACAUAGGAGAUAGAUUGAAAGAAGCACAAAAUAUUAAUACAAGUCUGCUAGUAUUAGGAAGGUGUUUAAAAACGAUUCAUGAAGGGCAGUUGUCAAAACAGAAAAUAGAACACAUUGGUCCAUUUAGAGAAUCAAAAUUGACAAGGCUAUUUCAAAAAGCAUUGUCUGGAAAAGAACAUAUAGCUCUAAUAGUAAAUAUUAAUCCUCUUCCUAAUUUGUAUAUAGAAACGCAAAGUGUGCUCAAUUUUUCUGCAAUUGCAAAAAAAAUAGUUAUAGAAAAGGAGAAAGUGCAUAAGAAAAAUAAAUCAAGAUUUUCACAAAUAGUCACACAAAGUAUAAAAACAGUAACUGAUUGGGAUGUUGCAGAAUUAGAAAGUGGAGAGUGGCUAAGCACAGUUGAUGAUAAUGGUAUAUCUCAUUAUCAAGAAAUGGAAAACUAUGGUGAGUUAAUGAGUGAAAAUAAAAAACUAAAACAAGAAAUUGCUAUUUUAAAAAGUUCUGCAUUAACACGCGAUCUCCAAAUACGCCAAGAAAUGGCCGAUACUUACACAGCUAUGAUGAAAGAGCUUGAAACAGAAUGGAAGAAUCGUAUAAAAGAUGUGGAAGAACAACAAGAAGAUGUACUUCAAUGGUCUGUAAAACAAGUUGAGGAUUUUUAUAAGGAAAAAUUGAAUCAAGUUAGUAGUUGCAAAAGAAGACGUUCGUCUCUUUCUACGAGUAAUCUCCAGGAUAAUUCAAGAAAUACUGAAAAAUUAGAAAUAGAAAAUUCAUGCUUGACGUCGAAGAUCGUAUUAUUAAAAAGUACUGUAAAAGAACUUAAAGAAGCAAAUCAAACUUUAACAAUUGAAAAGAAUAAAACAACUUUUGAACUCGGUUUGACAAAAGAAGACUUAAAAAAUGUAAAGAAUUUAUUAAAUGCAGCUCAACAGGAUGUUUGUUCUGAUGAAGAAACAAAACAUUAUGUAGAGGAAUUAUUAUUUAAUAUAUUCAAUUAUACUAUUUUAAAACUUAAAGUAUUUUUAAAUGAAGCAAAAGAAGAGUAUAUUGCAAUUACUACAGAUGUAAGGGAAAAAGAAUAUGUAAUUAAGGAGCAAGAAGAAGAACUAUUUGAAAAACAAGAAACAAUAGAAGAUUUAGAAGAAGACCUUGCACAUAUUAAUAUUUGUUUAACAGAAAAAAUCAAAGCAGUAGAGAUUUUAGAAGAAAAAUUAGAAAAUCAAACUAAAAAAAUGCUGGAUAAUGAUAACAAACUGCAAAAUAUGCAAGAGCAAAUAAACAAAUUAGAAAAUGAAAAAUUAUUGAUGUUAGAUGAACUUGAGUUAAUUAAGAAGACAGCUGUUGCUGGAAACAGUAUAAUAAAAGAUUUAAAACACAAAAACGAUGAAUGUGAAAUAUCUUGUGACUUUUUAAAAGAAGAAGAAGAAGAAGAAGAAGAUAAAAAAUGUGUUAUAAAAGAGAAACUAUCUUUUGAUCCGAAAGUAGAAAUAAUAAUAGAGGAUUCAAGCGAGAAUGAUCAAGAAAUAGACACAGGACGUGGACAACUUGAAACACAUAUGAAAGAAAAAAUAAUUGCAAUAGAAGCAGAGAAUUCGGCAUUGAGAGAAAAAUUAGUUCGAAGUACAACCGAAAUACAAAGCUUAAAGGAUGAAUUAGAGUCUACCAAAGUGAAAGUAAAAGAUAUAUCUGAACAAAUAUCUAACUUAAAAAUUAGUAACAUACAGUCUAAAGUUGAAAAUGAUGAAAAUAAGGAACAUAAAGUUGCGGUAGAAACUAUAGAAAUAGGUUGUCAAGCCCAUAUAGAAUCUGAUGAGCACAGUGUAGACGCGUCGAAGAAUGAUGUACUCAACAAAAGCAGUCAGACCAUUCAGAGUUUGACAAUAGAAAAGAUUAAUCAGACAAGUUUUAUUGAAGACACUGAUGAACAUGAUAUUACUUUGGAUAAAUUAGCAAAACUAACGGUAAAAUACGACGAUAUUAAGACGGAAUACAAAAAAAAAUAUCUGAUGUUGGAAGAAGUAGAGAAAGAGGUAUUAAUUUUGAGACAAAGAAUAGAAAAACUUUCAGAAGAAAAUGAUACAAACAAAGUUGAUAUAGAAGAAUAUAAACAAUCGAUUGUGUUGCUUCAGAAAGAACUUUUUAUAAUAAAAGAAGAGAAAAAAGAAAUUGAAGAGACAUUAAAAAGUACCGACAAUAUUAAAGUUUCCAUGGAAAUACAAAUUAGCGAUUACGAACAACGGCUUAACGAAGCUGAACAACAACUUUCAAUUACUAAAAAUGAUUAUCAACAAUGUGUGGAAAAAUUAAAUACCUUGCAAGCAGGCUUUGAUACUUAUGUUUCGAAGUGCAAAAAUGAACAUGAAGAAAUAAUAACUAACUUACAAAAAGACCUUUCUUCUGCAUUAGAGAAGUGUAAUAUCAAAUCACAGUGCUUAGAUGUUCAUACCACAAAAAUUAUGGAAUUAGAACAUAAUCUUGAAGGUAUAACGGAGCUUCAGCAAAAAAUAGACGAGUUAAAUAGAAAUUUAAAAACAUGUCAAACCGAAAAAGACACGUUACAGAAAUUAUUUGACGAAAAUAAUGAUAGGCUUCUAGACCUAGAAGAUCGCCUAGAAAGUACAGAGGAAAAUGAGCGAGAAAAGGAUGCUGAAAUAAUUACUCUUCAGAAAGAACUAAAGGACAUGAUACAGAGAAGUGAGUAUGACGACAGAAGUGAUAAAUUAAUGGAAAUAGAGAUGAAGAAUACAAUUAAGAAAUUAACAACAAUGAAAGAGAUGCUUACUCAAAAAGAAGAGUAUAUUGAACAUUUAGAAGAGCGCAUAAAACAGAACGAACAGAAUGCUAAAAUAUUAGAACUUUUGCAAGAGAGUUCUCAAGAGAGGCAAGCAGAGAACGAAAGGUUAAGAGCUCUAAACGAAGAAUUGAAGAAUGGCUUAAUGGAGAAGGACCGUGAAAUGGAAACAUUUAUGAGGAAUAGAGACGAGAUGGUAGCAAAGUAUGAAAGUUUAGUAAAAUGUCAACAAGAAGCAUUGGAAAAGCAAAAGCGAGAGUUACCAAAGAAUUAUUCGAAACAAACAGAAUAUUGUGAAAAUACGUCUGAAGAUGAGGUGGCACUUAAGGAACGUCGAACAAGGCGGGCGCCAAGGAAAUAUAGUCCAUCGUCGUCCUCCAAACAGGAUGAAAUUUCAGUUGUCGAACUAUCUAGCUCCGAUUCGAAACGCGGUAGAGUAAAGAAUAGUAAUCGUAAAAAGAAGCUGUUUAUUUCUCAGGAUGAAUCUUUUCAAGAUAUUGAACCAGUUGAGAGCACAGUAACAAUUACACCAUCGCAAACUCGUAGUUUGAGGAGUAGACGAAAAUUAUGA